UGUCACGCGAUGAUUCACAAAAAUUCAAUGUAAAGGAAAAAAAAAAGAAAACAUGAAUCGGCUAUUCUCGACCCACCGGCCACCAGGGUUACACGGCUGGAUGUCUUGCCAUCCUUUGGCUCCGCAAAUCUCAGCCCCUUUUCCCUUUUCUCUUGGUGACUAUAUAUUUGUUGCAUUCAUUUUUAGUUUUCUUAGUUCUUUUCUCUUCUUUUUAUUUCAUCUUUAGACUUGGGAAAAAGCCUUCAAUUUUUUUUUAUUCGUCCAUUUCUUUUUCAACGCAAACAUGCGCUGUCUUACUCUUCUACUUACUGCGACCAUUGUGUCGGUUACCAGCGCCGCCGAACUGACUCGUAUUCCGUUGUAUAAACGAUGGAACUCGCCGGGACUGAAAAAAGAACCUAUGAUCUACGAUGAUGGCUUGCUCGUAGCCAAAAUGCAAGUGGGCACCCCGCCACAAGACUUUGAUGUAUUGUUCGAUACCAGUUCCUCGUUGGCUUGGGUUCCUUCGACAAAGGAAAUAGAAAAGCAAAACAAAACAAAACAAAGAAAAUUAGAAUUAGAACCAGAACAUUGCCACAGCUCCGAAUGCAGACAGCAUGACAACCGUUUUGAAGCUAAUCAUUCGUCAACUGCCGUCAAUCUUCACAAGAAGCAGUCGAUCAUUUUCGGUGAUGGAAAAUGCAUUGAUGUUGAACUUUACAGAGAUACCAUUAGCGUGGCUGGAUUACCAGUAACUGAUCAGCUCUUUGGUUCAGCUUACAGUGUGUCUGGCAUUGGCGACUCUAAAUACAUGGGUAUGCUCGGCCUUGGCGGUUUUGCCGAAGACGGUUCAACCGACUAUUUAAACUCAACAAACAAGAAGGCAACGGCCGGAUCGCGAGAAAUUUGGUCUCGACAAUAUUCAAAUACUGGAGGAUAUGCCCAGAACGGAUUUGGGAUGGGCUACGGCCAACAGUCGCAGCAAUUCGGUAUGUACCAAACCGCCGGCAGCGGAUUCAUCUCCAAACGUUGGAACCAGCCCGAUGCCGAGUUUAUUUUUGGCGGUGUCGAUCAUACCGUGUACAAAGGCAAGAUCGCCUAUUUGCCCUUGCCCACAUGUGACUAUGGCGAUUCGCCAUACUGGAAAGCAACAUUGACGUGCGUGAAACUGGGCCACAAGGUCGACAUCAAACUGGCUCCCAAAUCCUUGGCAAGCAUGAAUUCCGGUACCAAGUUUAUCAGCGCUCCUGAGAAACAGGCGGAUCUGCUACACAAGGCCAUUGGCGCCACCUAUGAUUCGGAAACCCACACAUACCAGAUGAAGUGUUGCGAAGUUGACAAGUUGCCCGACCUUGAAUUCAGUUUCCAGGGUUAUAAAAUUACGCUCCCGCCGUCGCAAUGGACCGCCAAGACCAAACACGACGAUGAGAUGUGUUACACCAUGAUCCGUCGCAACACGCACGAGAAGGACUGGAUUCUUGGAAUGUCUUUCUUGAACAACUUUUAUCAUAUUUACGAUCUUGGUAACAAGAGGAUCGGUCUCGCCGUCACCAAGAGUAACACCAAGGCCGUCAUUCGAAAGACAGAUAUCCACAAAAACCCUUUUACAAAAAAAAACCGUAGUUUAUCCCGUCUAUUUUUCUUUUUUUUUAACCAUUGCCCUGUUUUACGAAGGAGAACCCUUGUGGCGUUUUUAUAAAAAAAAAAUGAAAAAAAUAAUAACCCAACAAUCCCAUUAUCCCAAACGACGAUUGCCUUUCUUGGCUUGUU